UGUAGUCCAGGGUAUACGCUGGUAUACGGCGUAUACCUACUUAUUUUUCAGUCAGCAUUGCGUAUACCCACUUCUAAAUCCCCCCUGAUGCGCAUCAUUCAGUAAUAUCUGUGAGUCAGAUUGCCUAUUUUCUUCCUCGGGGAUAGUGAAGCCAUGACCCACCCUCCUCUGCCUCUAAUUGGCUGGUACUCGCUGCUUUCACUGAUUAGAUUGGUUAACUUUAGGCAUGAGGACUGAUGAGCCAAUCAGAGGCAGAGUAGGGCGGGUCAUGCCGAGGAAAAUAUCGCUAAUACCUCAGGUGCCAGUGAAAAAAAAAAAAAAAACUCAGGUGCCGGUGCCACUUGACUACGAUAACGGCAGCAGACCAAACAACGGAUGAAGAAAGGACACAAGCGGCGGUGUGCCACCCCAGUUGAUGGAAGACAUCAUUCUGAGGUAAGUUUUAAGGUGGUUUCCAAAUGAAUCAUUAUUUUAAACUACUGGCAAAUUGCCAGUGACUGCACAUUUAGAGGAGAAGAGAUGUUGCCGCCAAUAGUUAGUGCGAGUCGGCUAACGUUAUGAAGCUAGCUACGUAGAUUGGGAUAAUGUGGGGAAACCGGGGCAUUGUUGGUUUUCAGUAAGUGUUUAAUCAACCCAGUUCAUAAGAAUUUCAUACCAGACUGAUGAAACUGAUUAUCUCAAUGUUUAUGAAGCUUGUUUAUUAUUGUAAAGGUCUAAAUUAUAACGUUAGCCAAGUUACUAAGCCCUAAAUUAUAACAUUAGCCAAGUUACUUAGCCCUAACUAACCUAUAUGAUCUAGUUUAAUUGCAUAGUAGCUAAGCUGGUAGUUGAUUUUUAAGUAAGUUAAAACACAAGAAUGGGGACAAAUAGUUUAAGAUUCAGCCUAAAACAAUAUUGAGGUCUAAUCAGGCUGUCUUAUUUUGUAUAGGGACAGGUAACCAUGAAAAGGAAGGGAGAUAUUGCAGACUUUUUUUGUAAAGAGGCACAAAUCAGGCCCAGAUCAGGCCCAGGCAGACCCCACCCCUAAAACCAGCAGCCCUGGCAGCUCUCAACCGGGAGCUAGCCAGGCAAGUCAGUGUGAGCAUAGAGAAGGAUCCAGUCUACCACCACCAGGUCAGAACACACAGGCAGUAAAUUGCAUCUCCAGUUUAUUGAAAAGUGAAGCCUCACACUGUAACAAAAGACAUCAAUAAUGACUGGCCAGACCUGUGGAGUGCUAAACAAACAGAAGACUUCAAAUCCAAGAACCCCUGGUUGGGAUCCAAAAACAAAAAAAUUGGGAUGUCUGGUCUGUAGCAGUGUGAACUCCAUUGGGAUCGACAAGGAGCAAGGACAAGGUGUAUCGCUCUCAAGAGAAUGGAUGAACUUUGAAAUUCAAGUGUCUGGCCAGGGAAGUAGAACAACAAGUUUGUCAAUCUUGAGAAAUAAGGUGAGGAAACAUGCGUUGUCCAAGGCCCACACUCAGGCUGUGAAGGUGGCAGAGCAACAGAAAGAAGCUGCCAUUGAGAAUGCAGUGGAGACUAUGACUGAGUCCUACAUGAAGGAAACUGAAGCUGUGUUUCGAACAGCCUACCAUCUGGCCAAAAAGAACCGACCCUUUUCUGACCAUGAGAGCCUCAUUGAGCUGCAGGAACUGAAUGGUGUAAAAAUGGGCUCAAUACUUCAUUCACGUUACAGUGCAACACAAAUAAUACAACAUGUUGCUAGUGAGAUGCAGAGCAAAAUCAUCAGUAGCAUUAUAGCAUCAUCCAGUAAGUUAGCUGUCCUAAUUGACGAGGCAUCUUCUUUAAGUCACAAAGCUGUCAUGACAGUUUCUAUUAAAGCAUCAAUUCAAGAAGAAAGCCCUGAGUUCAUAUUCCUGGAACUUGUUGAACUGGAAAAUCAGAGAGCAGAUGGCAUAUUACAGGCGUUACUCACCUGUUUAACUAAUGCUGGCUUUACAGAAGAGUGGCUUCAUGAAAACUGGGUAACAUUUGUAUCUGAUGGAGCCAGUGUCAUGCUAGGAAAGAAGUCAGGAGUAGCAACCAGACUGACUUUGAGAUUCCCAAAGCUUUUUGUAUGGCACUGCAUGAACCAUAGACUUGAACUUGCUGUGUCAGAUGCAGUUGAUGAGGUAAACUCUGUCAAUCACUUUAAAACUUUUAUCCAGAAGCUAUACUCUCUGUAUAGUGUGUCAAACAAAAAUGAACGUGAACUUGUUAAUGCAGCAGCUGAAGUAGGCUCACAACUUCUUCGCAUUGGCAGAAUCUUGGAUGUACGCUGGGUGGCCAGUAGCUUUCGGACUGUUCGUGCUGUUUGGACAUCCCUGGGAGCUCUUGUGCAGCACUUUAAAAAUGCUUGCAGUGAUGAGAUGAGGUCCACCAAAGAGAGGCAGAUGUACAGAGGUUUGUUAGACCGUGUUCAAAGUCCAGAAUUCAUUUGUGACCUUGGCCUCAUGUACGACACUCUCCAUGAACUAAGUCUCCUGUCACAGGAGCUUCAGUCUCGUUCUAUAACGCUCCUCAGAGCAGAGCAUCUGCUGAAACGCUCAAUCAGAGUGAUCCAGUCAUUCAAAGAGAGUCCAGGUGAGAAAUAUAGUGAGGCUUUAGAAGCAAAACAGACUGGGGAGUAUCGGUCUAUAGCCCUGAAAACAAAUGCAAAGCUGAAGUCUAUCAAUCCAGGCCAGUUCUUACAAAGCCUUGUGAACAAUCUGGAGAAACGCUUGUCUUUUGAAGAUGAGACCAUCAUGGACCUCAGCAUCCUUGAUCAGAGUAAGUGGCCAUCAAAGCCCAGCAUCCGCCAUGGUGAAGAACAAGUUAAGCGACUGUGCAAGCGAUUUAACUUGUGCACAGACCAAGCACUGAAUGGGAUGCGGGACCUACUGGAAGAGCCCAGUAGUGAGCCCAAGGACCUAAAACCACUUAUGAACUGUAUGAAAACAUUCCCUGUCGGUACAGCAGAGUGUGAGAGGAAUUUUAGCCUUAUGAACAAUAUAAGCUCAGACAAGAGGGCUGUCCUUCUGAUCUCAAACAUAUCAAACUUGAUGAUGAUUAAUAUCAACGGCCCACCAACUUCCAAGUUUGAUCCUAGAAAAUAUACAAGGACCUGGUUGAAGAGCCAUCGUGCUGCCUCUUCGGUGCGUUCUAGACAGUGCAGUGUGAAAGCUCCUGCAGAAAGCAAAUUUGUCUGGAAUAUACUGUAGUAUGAGCAAAGGUCAGAAACCCAGUGCUGGGUUGAGAGAGUAUAUCACUGUUGAUGUGUUGUUAAUGCAUAUAUUUUUGUUAAUUGUUAACUAAAUAUUGUUGUAACAUAUUUUGUUGAAUGAUUUACCGGUAAAUGAACAUGUUCAAAACAAAGCAUAUAGCAAUAUGAACAAGGAUGCAUUGUCACCUUCAGAUUUGAAGUAUUUUAUUUAAAUAAAUGUGCAAAAAAUAAUCGAAACACCAUUUCCUGUUUGCCUCAUGAUAAAUACAUUUUACAUUCAUCCAGGCUGCUCUUGUGACCAGUAGUAACUACAAACUGCUCCUAAUCAAGUCAUGAUCAUUUUAUAAUAGUGUGCAAGUAGAAAUUACAUAUUUUUGGGUAAACUAAAUCAUAGUCUUACAUGUCACUGUUUCUAAAACAGGGCUUUUUUCUGGACUACUUAAAAAAAAAAAAGGU